GGAAAAUCAAACAGUAUCAAUGGUUUUUCCAUCCUGAUCAAUAAUGAAUAACUUGAUGAAGAUGGCAACAUCCGUAAGAAUUUGUGCGAAACAAUUUUCCAAAAAAUACAGUACAUCAUCUAGUGCGAUGAUUUUUCGACAGCUUUUCGACACGGUAAGUAGCACUUACACGUAUUUGCUGGGAGACCAAUCAACUAGAGAGUGCAUCCUUAUCGACCCAGUGUUGGAACAUGUGAAGCGGGACUUUCAACUGACAAAAGAUUUGAAUUUAAAUUUGGUUUACGUCGUAAAUACCCACAUGCAUGCUGAUCAUAUCACCGGGUCAGGUCUGUUGAAAACUAUUUCUGGGUGCAGGAGUAUUAUUUCAAAAUCUAGUGGAGCUCUGGCUGAUAUAUUCGUUGAUGAAGGUGAUAUGAUUUCUUUCGGAAACUUCAAACUGAAAGUUUUGAAUACUCCAGGCCACACUAAUGGAUGCUGUUCAUUUUAUAUUGCCGAAGAGGGAAUCGCUUUCACCGGAGAUGCUCUCCUGAUUCGCGGAUGCGGCAGGACCGAUUUCCAGGAGGGCAAUCCUGAAACGCUCUACCACAGCGUGCACAAUAAGAUAUUCUCUCUUCCGGAAUCGACUCUGCUUUAUCCAGCGCAUGACUACACUGGCAGGAUGGUUACUUCGGUAAAUGAGGAGAAGCGACUCAAUCCGAGGUUGACGAAGAGCUUGCAGGAGUUCAUCCGGAUCAUGAACAACCUCAAUUUGAGCUAUCCUAAGCAAAUUGAUAAAGCCCUGCCUGCUAACAAAGUUUGCGGCCUCUACGACCUCCCCGAGGACUUAAAGGAUGGACUCUAAUUUGUUGAAAACUCGGAUUAUAGAAGACAUAUUGAAAUGUUCCGAUAUACUGGGAAUUUUGG